UGACGCGGGGAAUAAACUGUCUGCUGCCAAGCCAACGGAUUCGCUACUCGCGAGUGUCUGGAAAUGAGCUGACCUCAAAAAAUAAAUUUAUUGGUUUUCACUCAGACUUUCAACUUUGAUUCGUGUGCACUUAGAAUUUUUUGCUCCUGCUGACUGAUUUGAUUGACUCUGAUUAUUCAAAACUCUACAACUUUUAACUUUCACAAGUGUCUUUCAUCAAAAUCGUCGUCUAAUUUGAAAAAAAUGGCUCAGCCCCGUGGUGGUGGUUUCGUAAGAUGUAAACAAUCUGUCUGAUUAUGAUCAACAUUAUUGUACAAUAUAUUUAUUUGUUUUCCCCCAUGUAGUAGCUCGGGGAGGAGGAGGAGGUGGGCGUGGAGCCGGCGCUGGUGCAGGAGCCGCUCGUGGAGGAGGUGGUCGUGGAGGAGGUGGUCGUGGAGCCGGUGGUGGUGCAGGGCGCGGUCGCGGAGAAGGUGGUCGUGGUGGAAAUGGUACGGUUUAAAACGUAACUAGAUAACAAUGCGAUGUAAAAAUAAAUUUAUUCUUGUGCUUGCACAGCUGCACGAAAUAAAGAACAACUCAUGGCAGAAUACAGACCUCGUAUUCAAGAUGUGCUGGGUCGGACAGGAGGGGUCCUCAUGGUGACUGGGAUGACGGGAUCUGGCAAGUCGACCCUCAUCCCCCAAAUCUUUUUGGAUCUUGUUGGACAAGAUAAAGACAUCUUUGUGGUGGUGCCACGAAGAAUACCAGCAAUCAUGCUCUACAACCGAUUGAGACGCGAGCUCGGUGACCGGGCCGACCUUGUCGGUUACCAGCUAGGAGGUCACGUCAAAGUGGGCACUGAGGUCACAAGAUUGUGGUUCAUCACUGCUGGAUUACUUGCGAAACAAAUUGCUAGCAACACGGAAUAUUUCUUUCGGUGUGGGGCCGUGAUUGUGGACGAGGUUCACGAGCGAGGGAGAGAAACGGAGGUGGUCAUGUCACAAGUCAAGACCCUGCGGCAAAAUGUUCCCGCUGGUCGUCGCAUUCCAAAUAUUGUCAUCAUGUCUGCGACCUUCAAUCCGCAUCUCUUCGUCAAUUAUUUUAGAGGUGCAGUGGCUCUGCCGGUGGAAGAUUUUGUGCUGGACAUGGGCAACGGCCUUAAUGCAAAUCUCGAUGUUUUGGAACUAUACACCAAUGAUCUUCAAGUGGAAGGGGACAAUGCAGCAAAUUACAUUGAAGAAUUAAUGAGCGUAUUUGCCAACCCUUGGUUUGAAAAGGCCAUGAUUCCGAUCAUUUUCAACACUUUGAUAAGGUAGUUGCAAGACUUUGAAAAAUAAAUUUAUUGUUUUAGUUGAUGUGGUCCAACACAUUGUUUUAUUAUUUCAGAAUCGAUCAGGCAAACGAAUUUGCUCCUUAUCGAGACGGGAACGUCCUCGUUUUUGUACCUGGAGUCCGUGAAAUCGAUGAGUCAUUUCCGAAUAUGAAACUAAUUUUUCUCAUUUAAAUU